AUGGCGUCGUUUUCUGUUCUGAAGGAGCUGGAUGACCUGAACGGCCUGGAGAAGCAGGUAAACGAGGCGCUGCUAAAAGCUUCACAAGGCAACUUAAUUCCCAAGCCCAUAUCGUUGGCUUCUCUUCCUCUUCCUCAAACGGCUUUGGCUGAAAAGGCCACAGCCUACGCCAAAUCCUGCCUAAAUUUAGAGGUUUUCCAGCACAGUAUGCGCUCCUACUAUUUUGGCACAGCUAUAGCUUCCCAGCAUUUCCCCCAUUUUAACUGGGAUCACCACACAGCCUACCUGGCAUCCAUGUUGCAUGACGUGGGGCUAACAUAUGACGCGUUUGCGCUGAGUGGGAUGUCGUUCGAGUUCCACGGUGGCAUCCUGGCCCGGGAGUUCCUGUUGAAGGAAGGUGCGUCACCAAGUGUGAGUGACACGGUGGCAGAAGCCAUCUUCAGGCAUAAAGAGAUGAUACACGUGGACAGUUCUGCCACGUGUGGGCAUUCGCCCGAGGGUGUUGUGCUUAUCUUAGGGACCCAUUUGGAUGUCUACGGGGCAUUUGUGCCUCUCAUACACGUGGACACUAUUGAUGACGUGGUUACUAAGUUUCCUAGAACUGGAUAUGUUGAUGUAUAUGCUGAUUUACUGGAGGAAGAAGUGAAGGCAAAGGGCUUUUGUACCACCGCUCAGUUAGUUCAAAGUGGUUUUCUAGAUAAAUUGAAAAAUAAUCCAGUGUUCGCAAAAUAUGAUUAUUAA